AUGAUCGGCUUCUACUUCCUCUGGCUGAGGCACACCUUGGUCUCGCUUGUGCUGCUGGUGCCCGUCGUGAGCGUGCUGUUCGUUGCGAUCCAGAGCUUCGACGACUUCAACUACCGCUUCGAACGCGCAGGCGCGCCGAUCGAGGAGAAGAGGGGCCUGGCUGUCGUAUUCUUGUCCUCGGCCUUCUGCCUUUCCCUGUGGGGGCAGUUUUACGUCAAGGGAUGGAAGCGGCUGGAGAGCUACUACAGGGAGCUGUGGGGCGUCGAGCUGGCAGAGUUCAGUGACGUCCGGCGACCCGACUACAGGGGGGACUACAAGCCUAGUCCCAUCAACGAGCACGUGAUGACGAAAGCGUAUAGCCCGUGGAAGAGGCGCGCGGUUUUUCUCAUAGCAUUCGUCGUCACCCUUGUUUUCAUCGGGAUGGUUAUCGGCACUGUAAUGCUGGUAUAUUAUUCAGAUUUUCACGAGGACCUGACCGCCACCGGGGUGUCCAUCUUAUUCUCGGUGCAGAUUUUCGCCUACCAGCUCGUUUGGGACUCCUUGUCAGACAAGCUCGUUGAGCUGCAAAACCCUAGGACCGACAUGGAGGCCAGAAAUAUGGACGUUGCGGUCCUCUUCCCGUUCAGCUUCGUCAGCGCGUACGCGAACCUCGCCGUCAAGGCCGUCUACGAAGAUUCCCCGUGGGGGCAAUCUUGCUUGUCAGAAGACUGCACGAAGAAGAUGGAGCUGUUGCUGUACCAGGUGGUCCUCCCCGUCUUUUUCGCCCAGGCAGUGUCGAUGCUGAAGCCGUACGUGAUACUCCGCUUCUCGCUGUGGUGGGAGGCCAGGCGAUUGCUGAAGCAGGGGAGGAAGAUCCACCGGGGCUUCAUCGAGGUGCAGGCCAAGCGACCGCCAUUCGGGCCCUCGCAGCUGAACUCCGAGAUGAACAUCAUGGCCGUCCUCCUCGGGUACGUGCUUCUGUUUGGGUCCGUGGCGCCGGGUAUCGUGGUGGCGGUAACCUUGAUAUUUUUGGUGAAGAUUCGCAUCGACGCCUUCAAGCUCUGCAACGUGUACCAGCGGGUGAUACCCGCCAGGCUCCCGCCAGAUGGCAUCGGCCAGUGGGGCAAGGUCGUGCAGGCCCUAGCUGAAGUGGGCCGCAUGACGUGUUUGUUCAUCCCUAUCUUCAAUUUAAGUUACUUCAACAGCCCUGGCGUCGACGAGGGCCAAGACUGGCUCCUGGACGCCCUUGGGGCAGCACCCCAUGGCUUGUCCGACCUGCAGAAGGUGGUAUUAUGGUUUGCUUGCAAGGAGGUGCUCGACCGUCUUGGACAGCUAGUUGACUUCCUCAUCCCAGACGUCAGCACAGAGACCAAGCUAAUGAGGGCCAAGCGCCAGAAGGUCGCCAAGAGGAUGCGCAACCAGCUCGCCACCAGGAAGGGCUGGAACGGAGCCGACGAGGAGGAGCAGCCGGCACUCAACUGCUGCAUGGUCUCGAAGAGCUGUGCCUUCGAGACGAUGAGCCCGCGGGCCGGACAGAUCUACAGAGACGUUGACACCAAGACUACAAAGCACCUGAAAGACCUCGACCUGUGGGACAAGGCCGACAAGAGCGACUUCGGGCUCCCCUUCGACAGGGUGACCUACUUCGGGUGA